AUGUCCCUCCCCCGAUCCAACUACGACCCACGAAGGGUAUGCGUCAAUCCAUUCCCGAACCUCGACCUGCCUUUCGGCAAGUACCGCCACUCGGUCGGCGUUUACCUCGCCGGCGCCCUCUUUGCUUUGGCAAAUUGGACAUUCUUUGACGCGGCUAUACUCUCGAAGCACGCACAUGCACCGCCGGGCGACGCCGAUUACCCUGUGCCCGUGCACGUCACCUUCGUUGACUGGGUGCCCGGCCUGUGCUCCUUGUUUGGCAUGCUCAUCGUGAACCUUAUCGAUAAGGACCGUGUGCGCGGAGAGGAUGGAUUCGGAGACUCGCGUGCGGUGUGGAGGGCGCGGCUCAUUCUCUUCAUUGGCUUCGCCUUGAUGGCCGGUGGGCUCGCAGGCAGCGUCGCUUUGCUUGUGCUCAAGUAUGUUCUGUCUGGCUACGCCGACCAGCUCAUAUACUACGGCUAUGCCAACGUCGGCCAGAACAUUGGUCUCAUGCUCUCUGCGGUUGUCCUUUGGAUCGCACAGAGCACCGGAGGGGAGUACGAGUACAACCUGUCCAUCUGA